GUGUUUACUUAGGUAAAACCUGACCCAGCAGCCCACAUAUUAUUCAGUGGAGCAUGGAAAAUAGUUCACUCUUAACGAACACUACAAACCAAAAUUGACGUCCCACUGUUUCAGAGCUGUAGAACUUGUUUUAAUCAAUUUCCCUCGAUAAAGCAGCUAGAUUCCUGCCACUUUACCUCCUUCAUCCUCUCUCCACUGAUGCCUGGAGCCAUGAAAACCUUCUUCUUAAUGUUUGCUGCCAUGAUUCUUCUUGCUCAGAUUUUCUCAGCCCCAAGAAGUCUUCAAAGACAGAUACGCUGUCAGAAAAUGGACGGUCGCUGUGAAGUCGAAUGCCUCUCCUUUGAAGAUAAGAUUGGGGGCUGCAGAGCUGAACUGACGCCAUUUUGCUGCAGAAAAAAGAGUCAAUAA